AUGGAUAGUUCUGCAAACUUUCCCAACCCUGUCUAUCAUUUCAAUACUGCUCUCUGUUUCCUCUUGUUUUUAGCCUCUUCAUGCCUAAACACUAGUAAACUCAGCUUGGGAGAUGGCCUUCCAGUUGUGAAAUGCAUCGACACAGAGAGAAGCGCGCUUCUCAUCUUUAAGGCAGAUCUUAUCGAUGCUUCAGGUAGGCUAUCAUCUUGGGAGGGUCAAAAUUGUUGUCAAUGGAAAGGGAUUUCAUGCAACAACCGCACUGGUCAUGUUGAAAAGAUGGACCUCCGCAAUACAAGUCCAGCUCUAUCUAUUGAUGCUGAAGACCAGGAGUUUGAGGCUUAUGAAGAGUCCUUUUUGGGGGGUAAGAUAAAUCCUUCUUUGCUUAGCUUGAAAUAUAUGAGUUACUUAGACUUGAGCUCGAAUGGCUUUCAAGGGCUUCAAAUUCCUAAGUUCUUUGGUCAGCUUAAAAGUCUGAAGUAUCUCAAUGUCUCAUCUUCAUCUUCAUCUUCAUCUUUUGGGCGACAGAUUCCACCUCAUCUUGGUAACCUAUCAAACUUGAACUAUCUUGACCUCAGUGGUAACUAUUUACUGGAAAUUUUUUCCAUAAAUUUGAAUCGGCUUUCUCAUCUCUCCUCUCUAAAAUACCUCAGUUUGAAUGAAGUGGACCUUAGCAAUGCAGGAGCCAGUUCGCUACAUGUUGUUAACAUGCUUCCUUCCAUGCUAGAGUUACACUUGUCUAGAUGCAACAUUGAAAGCCUUCCACUUUCAAUUCACACCAUGAACCUCACAUCACUUUCGAUCCUUGAUAUGUCAUUCAAUGAUUUUAAGUUUCCAUUUCCAAAGUGGGUCUUUAAUCUAAUUAGCCUUAGAGAACUUCACUUGGCCAAGAAAUCUUUCAGCAGUCCCUUUCCCAAUGAUUUCGUUAACCUGAAAUCAUUGGAAGAACUUGAUUUAUCUCUUAAUGGCCUUCACAGUCGAAUUCCCAAAUUCUUUGGAAAUCUCUGCAACCUAAAGAUCUUAAUUCUUGAGGAAAACACAUUUGUUCAGGGUCUUCCAGAGUUUUUGCAUGGUGUAUCAGGUUGUGCAAAUAAUAAGUUGGAGUCACUAGACUUGUCUAGUAAUAAUCUGGUAGGCGAAUUGCCUGCCUCCUUAGGGAUGCUCCCCCAUUUGCAGUACCUUAACCUCUUCCAUAAUCAUUUGAAUAGAUCCAUCCCAGAAAGUUUGGGACGACUCUCUGAGCUAGUUCAUCUAGACCUGUCGGAAAACUCAUUGGUAGGCUUUUUAACUGAAGCCCAUUUCAUAGAUAUCGCAAAGUUAAAAUACAUUGCGCUGGGCAAUAUCAGUGUCCCCAACCCACUACCUUCCAACAUUUUCAAUGUGGCUUAUGAGUGGGUUCCUCCUUUCAAGCUUGACACCAUUGCCAUCAGGAACGGUCAAGUAGGUCCUGCCUUUUCACUAUGGCUUCUAUCUCAAACUGAACCAGUAUAUGUCACUCUAAGCAAUACAGGCAUCUCAGAUUCCAUACCAGAGGAAUGGUUCGUGAAAAUAUCUUCCGGCCAACUCCAAUUUUUGGAUUUAUCUUUCAACGAAAUUCGUGGAAAGCUUCUAGUCUAA